AUGGAGUAUGAAAUCGCAAAAGGCAAGCCUCUUACAAAAGAAGAAUGCAAGUUUUUGAUAGACCUUAUUGAAGCCAGCAAAAUAAUUACGACCAAAACCACGAAUGCCAGCAAUAAUAAAUUAAAAAAUGAAGAGUGGGUUAAGUUAACUGCGCACUUUAAUGCUUGGACCACGACUGGUCGUAGGACUCCGCAGCAGCUGCGUUUGAAAUGGGAGAAUUUAAAAAAAAAUUCUCGCAAACGCUGCACUAAAAUUAGGAUGAACCUAAUUAAGACUGGUGGUGGUCCCGCUGAGUUUAUACCCCCAGAUGACAUAUUGGACCGAGUGACUGGUAUGCUUGGGAGUACUGCCAGUGGAUUUACUGUGCCAUUUGGGGGUGAUAGAGAAAUACAUGGGCUUGAUGGUGGUGUGCUGAUGGGCGGUGAUGGUAAAACAAGUGGGGAUGGUGAUGCGACAGUAGCUGUCGAUCUAACCGAGGUGGUAGAGUAUAUGCCCAUGUCCACUGAUCAUGAAAUAAAGAUUGUGGUAUGUGAUGGUGAAGGUGGUGGUGAGGGUGUUGGUGAAAGUGGUGGUAAGGGUUGUGUCAUCAAGGAGACUGCUUCUUCAAAUGUAAAACCAAGGAGAUUCACGCUUGGCACAACUAGGACAGCGUCAUGUGUUGAACCUGGCCAUCGAGCAACUACAUUCAUAAAUCUUAAAUCAGCAUCACAAAUUGCUUGGACAUUAAAGGAAAAGUAA